ACUGUAUUGGAAAACUGUAGCUGGCUGUGGCUCCACGCCCUAUACAAUCAACACUGUUCGGAAAUGCGUGAUUGGACCGGCUGAAGAAGAUGAGCACAGCAUAACCCCUCCCCCCUCUGCAACGAUUGGACGGCUUGAAGAUGAUGUCACGCUCGGGGGCCUCCUACGACCAGCUGGCCCAGCAGGUGGAGGACCUGCGGAAGGAGAACAGCUACCUGCGCAGGGAGCUGGAUGAUAACUCCUCUCACCUGUCCAAGCUGGAGAACGAGACGUCCCACAUGAAGGAGGGCCUGAAGCAGCUGCAGACGAAGCUGGAGCAGGAGGCGCGUUCUCUGGCCUCCACUGAGAGGUCAGACACACUGGACCAGCUCAGAGAGCUGCACAUGGAUUUGACCCAUUAUUAUGAGCUGAAGUACCAACCGCACAACCUGCGGGCUGGCCCAGAGGCCCCGCCCCCUCGCCCCACCCCCCACGGGGGUCCUUCUCUCUCAGGGGAGGGCGUGGCAAUGCACCCUGGGGCGCCCCACCUCCUGGACGACAUGCUCCUCAAAGAGGAACCCCUGGGUGAGACCCAGGUUACCACCCAGCACCUGGAGGAGCUCCUGAAGGAGAGGGCCUUGCUGCUGAAGGAGAUCGAGAGAGAGGAGAAAGAGCGGUGCUGGUACUACACCCAGCUGCAGGCGUUGUCACGGCGACUGGCUGAGCUGCCUCGCAUCGACACAUUCUCAGCGCAGAUAGAUCUGAUUGGGCAGCAGCUGGAGUUUGAGGUGCAGCAGGUGCGCUCGGCGAUGGAGGAGCGCUUUGGAACCAGCGAUGAGAUGGUGCAGAGAACCCAGAUCCGAGUGGCGCGAUUGGAGCAGCUGGAGAAAAAACUGCAGGAGGUGCACGACCCCCCCUCAGAGAGCCAGACUAACUCCUAUGGAAAGACUGAGGCUGAAAGCAUGUCUCUUAGUUCUGGAGCAGAAGCGGCUGGAGAGUCAGGAAGCAAAGUGGAGAUGGUGUUCUGGCUGCUGUCCAUGCUGGCCAAUCGGGACCGGGAGGAGAUGUCCCGCACUUUUCUGGCCAUGUCCAGCUCCCAGGAGAGCUGCCUGGCCAUGCGCAAGUCCGGCUGCGUGCCCCUGCUGGUGCAGAUCCUGCAUGACGGGCCGGGCGUGGCCGGGGGCGGGGCCGGGGGCGGGGCCAGCAGCCGGGAGGCGCGGUCCCGGGCGGGCGCCGCCCUGCACAACGUGGUGUACUCGCAGCCGGACGAGGGCCAGGCCCGGCGGGAGAUGAGGGUGCUCCACGUGCUGGAGCAGAUCCGCACCCACUGCGAAACCGGGUGGGACUGGAUCCAGACCCACCUGGGAACGACUUCACCUGGGAGCGCAAAAACCACAGCCAUCCCGGAGGCUCCAGAGCCGCAGAUCUGCCAGGCCAUGUGCGCCAUCAUGAAGCUGUCCUUCGAAGAGGAGUACCGCCGUGCCAUGAACGAACUGGGGGGCCUGCAGGCGGUGGCGGAGCUGGUCCACCUGGACCAGGUGCUGUACGGCAUGCAGUGCGAGCCCCUCAGCAUGGCCCUGCGCCGAUACGCCGGCAUGACUCUCACCAACCUCACCUUCGGGGACGUGGCCAACAAGGCCACUCUUUGCUCCAGGAAAAGUGCUCUGCAGGCCAUCGUGACCCAGCUGGAGUCUGACAGUGAGGAGCUCCAUCAGGUGGUGUCCAGUAUUCUGAGGAACCUGUCGUGGCGAGCAGACCUGAACAGUAAGAAGGCCCUGAGGGACGUGGGCAGCGUGACAGCGCUCAUGACCUGCGCACUGCAGGCCACAAAGGAGUCCACGCUGAAGAGCCUGCUGAGCGCGCUGUGGAACCUGUCCGCUCACAGCCCGGAGAACAAGGAGGCGCUCUGCUCCGUGGAGGGCUCUCUGGGGUUCCUGGUCAGCACGCUCACGUACAGGUGCCAAACAAACCAGCUGGCAGUCAUGGAGAGUGGAGGAGGAAUCCUGCGCAACGUGUCCAGCUUAGUGGCCACCCGCGAGGACUACAGGCAAGUGCUGCGGGACCAUAACUGCUUGCAGAUCCUGCUGCAGCACCUGCGCUCCCACAGCCUGACCAUCGUGAGCAACGCCUGCGGGACCCUGUGGAACCUGUCGGCCCGCAGCCCGGAGGACCAGGAGCUGCUGUGGGACCUGGGGGCGGUGGCCAUGCUGCGCAGCCUCAUCCACUCCAAGCACAAGAUGAUCGCCAUGGGCAGCGCCGCCGCCCUGCGCAACCUGCUGGCCAGCCGGCCGCUCAAGUACAAGGACGCGGCGGUGGUCUCCCCGGGCUCCUGCACGCCCUCGCUCUACAUGAGGAAGCAGAAGGCCCUGGAGGCCGAGCUGGACGCCCGCCGCCUGGAGGAGACCUUCGACUCCAUGGAGAGGCGGAGCCAGAAGGUUCCGGCGCCGGCCCUGGCCAAACCGCUGCGGCGCAUGGAGAGCCUCGCCCGCGACUACGGCUCCGACUCGGGCUGCUGCUUCGAGGAGGACGAGGCGGCCCCCAGCGCCUCUGUGGGUCUGGACACCACCAGCUUCUCCAUGCUGUCUGCGUUCCUUAGCAACAACGCCGGGGGCAACCCACCCAAUGUGCCCCUUCCACAGCCGGGCCAUCUCCAGUCUGACCACCAGAGGGCCCCACCUCCCGAUAGAGACACGCCCGCCGUGGCGGAGGGGCUGACCCGGAGGGCUCCCCGUAUGGCGGCAAAGCCUCGCACUGCAAAGGAUGACAUCACUGCCCCGACGUCCUCCGAGGACAGCUUCAGCCUGAGCUCGGAGGACCACCUGGCAGACGGCCGAUUUGGAGCAGGUGACCCGCGCGACACCCCCUGCGAGGCCCGGGCCAAGUCCUGCUCCCCCUGCCGGCUGUGGGAGGGCAAUGGCGGGUUCACCCAGCCGCGUUUCGCAGGGGCCCAGGCACUCCUACGGCUGAAGCAAGCCCAAAGCAGCCUGUCAACAGACAGCCUGAACAGCAGCGGCAGCACCAGCGAUGGCUACGGUGGCGGCGGCGGCAAUAAGAACACGGACCAGCUUCGCCCCGCUGCACGCAGAUCUGUGUCGGCCAGCGGCCGGAAACGGCCCGACAGACUCGACCUGAAGGAGGCGCUCUACGGCCGCCCGGAAAAGGAAGGGCGGCGUGUCGUUCCUCCUGAAAGGGACGUGCGCUACUUUGUUCCCCCGGAAAAGGACACAGGCUGCAUCGCUCCUGAAAAACAAGUGCACUGCAUUACCAGUAAAACCAGUCAGAUCGAGGCGCCAGAAGGAGACUCAGAGGACAGCCGAGAAGCACCUACUCCAGUGGCAAAUGAGGGAAAGCGUGCAGAGCUGCCACAAAUUCCACCAUCCACUAAACAUGCAGCUGGUGCCUAUACCCCGCCAAUCAAGCUGUCGCCCUCUUAUCAACACGUCCCACUGAUCCAGAGCGUGGCCAAGUUUGGGGUUGCCAAGACUACCAUCGACGUCCAGGCGGCCCAGGGGAUGAGACGUCAAGCAUGGGUGCCCACAGUGCUGACGGGCGGGGCGCUGACGAGCAAGCUGUCCCCAGCCAGCUGCAGCGCCUGGAGCCCAGCCCUGGGGCAGGAGACGCUGCAGCGGUACUCUGUGGAGAACACGCCCAUCUGCUUCUCCCGCUGCAGCUCGCUGUCCUCCCUCUCCUCCGCCGACGGAGGCCUGGAGGGCCGCAGCCAGAGCCAGCUGGAGAAUGAGCUGGACAGCGACGCCUCGCUGGAAAUCAUCGAGGUGGAGGAAGGAAACCUGGUCAAGAGGGAGGAGGCAGAGGAGGAUGAGGAGGAUGAGAACACCUUGGAUGACCUGAGUGAGAGCCAGCCACUGGAGGAGGACACGGUCACAAAACUUCCCACUGUCCCUACCUCCCAGUCUGUGGAGAUCCCUCGUCCCACCCGGCGUGAGAAAAUCUUCAUCCGGCAGGAGGACCAGACGCCCUCCAGUCCCUCGGAGAACUGCGUGCAGGACAGCCCACUGGUCCUGAGCCGCUGUAGUUCUGUAAGCUCACUGGGCAGCUUUGAGUCGCCCUCUUUUGCCAGCUCAGUCCAGAGUGACCCAGGCAGCGAGCCAAUCAGUGGCACCAUCAGUCCCAGCGACCUGCCCGACAGCCCCGGGCAGACCAUGCCGCCCAGUCGCUGCAAAACUCCCUGCUGCCCAGCUGACCCGGGUGGCCAGGAGACCCAAGCACAGAUGGGGGGGAUGGGAAUGGGAUUUGGGGUGGGAGUAGGUUCACAGUGGGAGGCUGGAGCCUGGAGGAGGUUUGCUGAAAUUGCAGACUUCCGGGAGCGGUUCAACUUGCCACCAGACCUUGAUACCAUGAUCUAUUUCACUGUGGAGAGGCCCACAGAGAACUUCUCGUGCGCCUCCAGCCUCAGUGCCCUGCCCCUGCACGAACACUACAUCCAGAAGGAUGUGGAACUGAAGCUCACACCCCUGCUCCACCAGAGAGGGGGCGGCGACAACGAUAACAACCUCGGAGGGGGGGCGUGGGACGAGCAAGGUGGGGAGCGCCCCUCCGUCCUGGACAUGGAGAAGUACAGCGAGGGCAACUCCGAUGAUGACAUUGAGAUCCUGAAGGAGUGCAUCAGCUCAGCUAUGCCCUCGCGCUUCAAGACCAGGUCCUCCCUUCUGGCUAACCUCCCCAGGCCUGUCUUUGGUGCCCAGAGCCACAGGUCCACCACACAAUUGCCACUGUACAUGCUGCUCCCAACACAGGCCACCCAGAGGCAGCCCCCCAUGCCAGGGAAGCUUGAGAGGGGGGGCUCUUACCACGACAGCUCUUACCAUGACGACUCCUCCUACAGCGACUCACCCAUGAACAUCUCCAGCACCACGUCUCAGAGCGACGAGACCCUCCGCUAUGCCGCCAAGGAGCCGGGGGUGGAUCCAGACGUGCGGCGGAUCGAGGAGCUGCGGGCCUUCUCCCGCUUUCACAAGCCUGCCAGGGCAGCGGGCCAGCCGCCCGUGGCGCCUGACCAGACGAACCGAACUUUCAGACGGGUGGGGCCGGCGCAAAGGGCGGCGGUGGCGGCGUCUCAGGUUCGAGGGGGAGUUCGGUUGCAGAGCCAUCUUCUCCCCCCAAGGCAGGAGCAGACCCGGGGCAGGGGCAGGGCCGGGCCACUACUGGGGCUGCCCGUCAUUAAGAAGAACGUUCCGGGACACGGAGAUCAGACGGGGGCGCGCAGGGAGCUCACCCAGCGCAGCUUCCAUUUCCAGUCGCGGCGGCUGCAGGCUGCUCCCGGGCACGAGCUUGUCUGCUGCUCCUGUGGCGAUCUGACCAAAGUGCAGGAGGAGGAGGAGGAGCCAGUGGCAAACCAGGAGAGGACACUGCAUGCAAAAAUGGGAGGCAGGAAUGAGACAGCCCAAAGGCAGAUUAACAUCAACCAAGGGGUCAACAGAGCCUUUCCUGCGAAGGGCAAGCACGCGAUGAUCGCCAAUGCAAACCCCUCUCGCCAGCCCCUCAGCUCCUCUCUCAGAUCGCUGAGCUUCUCCAGCCUGGAGGAGGGCCAGGGCAAGACGUGGGUGCGAAACAGGCGCCACGCGACCCCCAGCUAUGCCCAGGAGGCCGUAAGACUGCCCGGCGGGCGUGGACAGUUUGAGCGAGGACGUGAAAGGGACAGCUCCCCGAGCUCGGUCAGCCUGGACUCGGAGGACGACCUGCUGCAGAAGUGCAUCACCUCCGGCAUGCCAGCGCAGAGGAAGAGGCUGGCGGCCGCCCGCAAAAAGAAGGUGGAGAAGAGGCAGCGGGCCAAGACCGAGCACGAAGCGGCGCACAACGCCUUCGGGAGCUGGGAUUCAGACCGAGAUCCAGGCAGCGAGGGGGACACGGCGUCCGAUUCGGACCUCAACAGCGUGGAGUGGCGGGCCAUCCAGGAGGGGGCGCGGUCCGUGGUCAUGCACCUGCAGGCCGUGUCCCAGUCCCAGGAGCCCUCCUCGGAGACAGAGUCCGAGUCUGGGCUCUCCCUGAUGUCCGACGUGUCGAGCCUCCACUCCAGACCAGGUGCCAAGAAGAAGGGCGGCAAGGACAACAGAGGGAACGGAAAAAUGCCGGAGGGCCGGAAUGCCGGGAAACCGCUGGACUUUUCCCAGCGGAAGCCAGUCCCCAACAUGCCCGUGGUCUUCAGGGGGAGGACGGUAAUCUACACCCCAAAGAAGGAGCCAAUUUCGCAGAGGCCACCCCCAACCAGAGUUUCCACAGCCAAAAACCCAAGCUUGGCGCAGCACCGGUCCAAGAGCCUGCACAGGCUGGCACAGCCCGGCGAGGAGCAGCCCGAGUUCUUCCUGCCCAAACGUAGCUCCACACCCCCCGCCAGGAUCCCCAAGAGCUCAUCUUCUGGCUCCACCUCGUCCCAGAGCUCCGCCCCGCUAAAGCGGCCCCAGAAGAAGUCCAGCGCCCCCUGGCCGGCGGAGAAGCCCGUUCAAAAAACCGGCGGGGUAAAGGCAGCAGUGAGCAGUCCGGGCAAGGGCCGUAAGGAGGCCACCUCUCCACCGGCCGCCCAGAGAGCUGCCGCACCCAGGCCUCCAGAGCCGAAGAAGACGCACAAAUCGCCGGUCCGCAUCCCAUUCAUGCAGACUCUGCCCAAACCGCCUUCCAGAACCAUCUCCCCUCUGGUCACCAGUGAGCCAUCCAACAAAGUGGGCCAGCAGAGGCCGCCAGCGGUCCGUGGCAGGCAGCCUGUGCCUGCCGGCAGCCGCCUUAACCCGCCGACCCGCUCCGGACGGCCUCCCGCCCACAACUCCGAUCGCAGUGGCUUUCUGCGGCAGCUGACCUUCAUCAAGGAGUCCCCGCCCCGCGUGUCCAGGAGGGAAGCGAUGGGGGUCGGAGGGUCACGGUCGGUACCCACCUCCCAAUGUGCAUCGCCCCGUAGGGCGCGGCCCAUAGCCCCCGCCGUCUUCCUCUGCUCGUCACGCUGCCAGGAGCUGAAGGGCACCGUGCAGAAACAACAGCCACGGGUGCAAGAAAGGGGCCAGAACCGGGGGCAGGGGGCAGCACUUGGGCAGAAGCAAAGGCUGCUGGGGCAGAGCCCAUCGAUCAACAGGGCCAACUCUGGCAGUGAGCGGGACCUUUCAGCGGGACGUCCCGCUCGAAGAGCUGGAUCGGAGAGCCCUUGCCGGGCACCCCAGAAAAACGGAGUCGUCUCCUCUGCCAUCGGGAGCGGCAGGCCACGGGACAGUGAGGCAUUCAAGCGUUACUCGUCGUCCCCGGCCAUCAACGCCCUGAACCGAACGACUAGCCGCUCCUCCAUGCGCUCGUCCUCCUCUGACUCCAGCGGGAGAGCCAAGAGCGAGGCUGGGGGCGUGGGCAGGACCGGGGGAGUGGCCAAGGGCGGGGUCACCUGGAGGAGGAUCCGGGACGAGGACGUGCCCCACAUCCUGCGGAGCACCCUGCCGUCUAACGCGUUGCCCCUGGUACCGUCCCCCGACGGGAAAAACCCGCCAAUGCCGCCGCCGCCGCCGCGCAGAACGAGCGACGCCACGGUGCAGACGGAGGAUUUCUCCAGCAGGAUCAGCUCCAGCACCUCCCCGACCUUGGAGGGGAGCCCCUCAGCCAAGGGCGCGCUGAUGAGGAGCGGGGGCCCCCAGAGAGCCAACCGGGACAGCCCCACCCCCCCCUCGCUCACCACCGAGGGACACAGCGGGGGCGUAGGCCACUUCCGCCAGAGCUGCCCCAGCAAAGCUGUCAGAGUCACACCCUUCAACUACACACCCAGCCCCGCCCCCUGCGGCCCGCGGCACACCUCCACACAGCCCCCAAAAAUCAGCGAGGCGCAAGAGGAGGAGCUCCAGGCUCAGUGAAGCAUGCAACUGAAACACACACACACACACACACACACACACACACACACACAGGAAACACAAGCACACACACACACACACACACACACAGGAAA